GCCUGGACACUGAGCUCUCUUUCCAGCCCUUUGGGGACUGUGGCUCCCUCUGCUCUCAAGGAAACCUUGCUCCAAGCUCUCUCCACUCUUCACCCCAGAAACUCCCUUCUCCAGCAAAUCUCCGCAGACCGGCUGUUGGGGGAAAAAAGUGUUAGCUGGCUCUCCCGGAUCUUCGAGGGGGAAAAAAUUUGGAACCAUAAAGUUGAAAACUUUUUUCUCUCAGUUUGGAAGAAGCCCUUCGUCAUGAAUGGGAACCGCAGAAUUCAGGCCAGAGGAGGCGAGAGGCGUAAAGGAGGGGAGAUUUCUCGCCUGCCGCUCGCGCUGGGGCUCGAUGUGAAUAUAUAUUAUGUCUGCCUGUUCUCCCCUCGUCGGUGGCUAAGGUCAGCCGCUCCCAACAGACUCGGGAGGAGGGGGGCAGAAAGGGGAGGGGGGGUCCGGCGCCUCACGUGACCCCCUCGGGUGCCAAUGUCCGGUCGUGAGGGUAUCAGGCUCCUGCAAGUUGCAACCCGCUGCCAGGGCCUCGCCCAGCGAUGCAGAAAGCUACCUACUACGACAACGCCGCGGCAGCACUCUUCGGAGGCUACUCCUCGUACUCUGGCAGCAAUGGCUUCGGCUACGACGCUCCCCCCCAACCCCCCUUUCAGGCCGCCACGCACCUGGAGGGCGACUACCAGCGCUCGGCGUGCUCCUUGCAGCCCCUGGGCAACGCUGCCCCGCAUGCCAAGGGCAAGGAGCUCAACGGCAGCUGCAUGAGGCCCGGCCUGGCCCCCGAGCCCCUGCCCGCCCCGCCCGGCUCACCCCCGCCCAGCGCGGCACCUACCAGUACCACUAGCAACAGCAGUAAUGGGGGCGGGCCCGGCAAAAGCGGCACCCCCAAGUGCGUUCCUGGCUCCAACUCCACCCUCACCAAACAGAUAUUCCCCUGGAUGAAAGAGUCAAGGCAAACGUCCAAGCUGAAAAACAGCUCCCCAGGCACAGGGGACAAGAGCCCCCCGGGGUCGGCGGCGUCCAAGCGCGCGCGGACGGCGUACACGAGCGCGCAGCUGGUGGAGCUGGAGAAGGAGUUCCACUUCAACCGCUACCUGUGCCGGCCGCGCCGCGUGGAGAUGGCCAACCUGCUGAACCUCAGCGAGCGGCAGAUCAAGAUCUGGUUCCAGAACCGGCGCAUGAAGUACAAGAAGGACCAGAAGGCUAAGGGCCUGGCCUCGUCGUCCGGAGGCCCCUCUCCCGCCGGCAGCCCCCCGCAACCCAUGCAGUCCACAGCCGGCUUCAUGAACGCCUUACACUCCAUGACCCCCAGCUACGAGAGCCCGUCCCCGCCCGCCUUCGGCAAAGCCCACCAGAAUGCCUACGCGCUGCCCUCCAACUACCAGCCCCCUCUCAAAGGCUGCGGCGCCCCGCAGAAGUACCCCCCAACCCCGGCGCCCGAUUACGAGCCCCACGUCCUCCAAGCCAACGGGGGCGCCUACGGGACGCCCACCAUGCAGGGCAGCCCCGUGUACGUGGGCGGGGGCGGCUACGCGGAUCCGCUGCCGCCCCCUGCCGGCCCCUCCCUCUACGGCCUCAACCACCUUUCCCACCACCCCUCGGGGAACCUGGACUACAACGGGGCGCCCCCUAUGGCCUCCAACCAGCACCACGGACCCUGCGAUCCCCACCCUACCUACACAGACCUCUCCUCUCACCAUGCGCCUCCUCCUCAGGGUAGAAUCCAAGAAGCGCCCAAAUUAACACACCUGUGAUGCGCGGGGUGGGGGUGGGGCGAGGUCUUGUGAUGGGUGAGAGCUAGGAGGGGCGCAGGCCGUGGAGCUCUGAGGGGGCAGCCUGGAGGUCUGAAAUGGCGAGGCAGGGAGGUGAGAGCCACGCUUGCUGGGAGGACCUGGGCUAGAGCCCCUUCCCCUCCCCCUGGCCUGAGAAGUUGCUUUCUGAGGUCCUCCAGUCCUUGCUUCAUCUGCCUGCCAACCCAAUGGAGAGGAAUCACAGCAGAGCGUGGAGAGGAUCCCUUCAACCCUAGGCCUCCAGCAAUACCCAGUUGGAAUUCCACGCUCCGGAGUGGGGUGGAGGAAGUGGAGAUAGGGAAUCGAGGCAGAGAAGCACAUUUUUAAAAGCAGACAAGAUGGCUAGGCCAUCCCCAACCAACCAACUUACCUCCCAUCUCUGUGAGUAAUUCCUCCAAAUCUUGAUUUCCCCCCCCCUUGCAGUUCUCCUUUAAAAAACAAACAGAAAAAAAGAAAGCCCAUGUCAAAACCAAGGGCCCAAAGCACGCUCCCCUCCCACUUCCCUGAAGCCUCAAGUUUCCUCCCAUCUAUUUUGAGGUUUCUGGGGGGCACUCCCUCCAUUUUUAACCCCUUAUUUUUGCUUUAGGACAUUCAUAUCUACACCCCGCCCCCAUCGAUUACAGUUUUCAGAGGGCUCAGGGAUGGCGAGAGAUCCUGAAAGUCAGAGCUGUCUAUAUUAUAAAUAUAUAUAUUUUUUUUCUUUUAUGGCAAGCUGGGAGGUCAGAGCAGGCAAAGUGUCAGGACGGAAGCUUUGGCCACUCUGCUGCCUCCCAGCUCAGCUCCAGGACCAUCCCCCUCUCUCCACAGAAAGCAACCGGGCCACACGAGGUUCUCCACGUUUCUUUUCUUCUGUUGCUCUCUUGACUUAACGUGAAAACAGGGUAUAUUUUAACAAACUGUCUGUCCCAGGCAGGGGCUGCAGCUGGGCCUGGGUGCCUUGCCUAACCCCCUGACAGGACACUUUUGUUGCACUUAGAGUUUACAUUUUAAUGGAUAUAAAAACAACUGUGAGAGAUGCCGGGGUCUACAGGAGUCCAGCAUCGCUCAAAAAGUGUGUGUUCUAGUGAACAUUUUCAUAUAUAUUUAUUGGUUAUAGCCUGUUAAAAUAUUUUCUUUUUUUUGUAUUAUUUAUCCCCCCUUACGUUAUGUAUUUAUAUGAGGGAAAAAUGAAAAAAAUUGUACUUUUUUAGUAUUUACUUGUUAUAAAGGACGUUGUGUUUCCUGUCAUGUAAAACCAGCUAUUUUAGUUAUUACUGUAUUCUAGAAAAGAGCUGUAGAUUUAUGUUAAACGCGUACUUAUGAGCAAUUGUAAUUAGUUCUAAAAGGCAUGAACUCAGCUCCUAUUGUCAUUGUAUAGUCCUGAAUUUGUAGAAUUAGAGUUAAUUCCCUCUUGGAACUUUCUUUGUUCUUCCGUAGUUACUUUUUCCUUACUUAAAAAGGUUGUCUGUCAAACAAUUCUUGAAUAAACUUUCUGUUAUCAAUUUUA